GAGUAUCUGAAUGACUUAGAUUUUCUUUCCAUUCUGUUCUGCUCUGUUCUCCUAAUGCCAUCUCGUUACUAGACGUAGGCAUUAGACGUGACAAUCAACUGCAUUUCAACUGAGAGGAAGAAAUAUUAAAGACACAGUCUUCAGAAGGAAUGGCUCAAAGGCAGUCUCAGUCACCUAAUCAGACUUUAAUUUCAAUCUCAAAUGACACAGAAUCAUCAAGCUCUGUGGUUUCUAACGAUAACACAAAUAAAGGACGGAGCGGGGACAACUCUCCAGGAAUAGAAGCAUUGUGUGCCAUCUACAUUACUUAUGCUGUGAUCAUUUCAGUGGGCAUCCUUGGAAAUGCUAUUCUCAUCAAAGUCUUUUUCAAGACUAAAUCCAUGCAAACAGUUCCAAAUAUUUUCAUCACCAGCCUGGCUUUUGGAGAUCUUUUACUUCUGGUAACUUGUGUGCCAGUGGAUGCAACCCACUACCUUGCAGGAGGAUGGCUGUUCGGAAGAAUUGGUUGUAAGGUGCUCUCUUUCAUCCGGCUCACUUCUGUUGGUGUGUCGGUGUUCACGUUAACAAUUCUCAGCGCUGACAGAUACAAGGCAGUUGUGAAGCCACUCGCGCGACAGCCCCCCAAUGCCAUCCUGAAGACUUGUGUAAAAGCUGGCUGCGUCUGGAUCGUGUCUAUGAUAUUUGCUCUACCUGAGGCUAUAUUUUCAAAUGUAUACACUUUUCGAGAUCCCAACAAAAAUAUGACAUUUGAAUCGUGUACCUCUUAUCCUGUCUCUAAGAAGCUCCUGCAAGAAAUACAUUCUCUGCUGUGCUUCUUAGUGUUCUACAUUAUUCCACUCUCUAUUAUCUCUGUCUAUUAUUCUUUGAUUGCUAGGACCCUUUACAAAAGCACCCUGAACAUACCUACUGAGGAACAAAGACAUGCCCGCAAGCAGAUUGAAUCCCGGAAGAGAAUUGCCAAAACGGUAUUGGUGUUGGUGGCUCUGUUUGCCCUCUGCUGGUUGCCAAAUCACCUCCUGUACCUCUACCAUUCAUUUACUCCUCAAACCUAUGUAGACCCCUCUGCCAUGCAUUUCCUUCUCACCAUUUUCUCUCGGAUUCUGGCUUUCAGCAAUUCUUGCGUAAACCCCUUUGCUCUCUACUGGCUGAGCAAAACCUUCCAGGAGCAUUUUAAAGCUCAGCUGUUCUGUUGCAAGGCGGAGCAGCCUGAGCCUCCUGUGGCUGACACCUCUCUUAUCACCCUGACUGUGACGGGAAGGGUCCCGGGCUCUGGGAGCACACAGGUGCCUGAAAUUAGUGUGACCUCCUUCCCUGGGUAUAGUGUGAAGAAGGCAGAGGACAGAGUCUAGCUUUUCAAUGAAAAAUGUUGUUUCUCUUCCCAGCGUGUGUAUCCGACUCUAAGGUGUAUCAUGUCCAGAUUUUUGUGUUGUUUGAGAAUUGCGUUGAAAUCUUAGGAGUGAAGGAUCCCUGUAAGUAAAAGACAAACCAUUACUUUCUUCAAAGUACAAAUCAGUAAUGUUAUCGGGCUUUCUAAAUAAAAUGAAGCCCCACUAAGUGCAGAAAGACAAGUUUACAUAUGCCAGCAAAUUAUAAGGGAGGUUGAAUAGGAAGGAAGGUGUAAUAAACAAGAUGAAACUUAAAAAUCUUAUUUGUUUUUAAUCACAUCUGUGAUGCUUCUUAUUCCUCGUAUACUGUGAUUUGCAUAAAACUGUGUUUGUGUUUAUUGUGUGGUGUAAAUCUAGAGAUACUCUGUAUGUGAAAAGGGGAUCACAAAAGCGAUAAAGUAUCUCUCACGCAAU